CCGAGAAACUCCCUCCGACCGUAAUGUUUGGCUUGGUGGCGACAUGUCGUGCAGCUGUACACCAGCGCGCCUUUGCUAGACAUAUCCAUGCUACUUCUGCUGUCUUCGGCAUACGUCGCCCCAAAAAACCGGCAUACGUGGAUACCAAGGAUGCUGCCAUCCUCGAGGACGACAUGGAUCCGAAUGACAUACCGGACAACACCUCGGUCGUGCACAUGAGGUUCAGGCAACAUCGUAGGAUCCUUUACUACAUGCGUCUCAUUGAGCACGAACUUCCUCAGCUUGUGGCUUUCCGAAAACCUUUCGUCCCACCACCACCGUCACAGCCACUGGUCAUCCGCUCCAUAUCGUAUGGUGGUGAAGAGCAUCCAGCGACACGUAAGAGGGUCAUAGUUGUGCCCAUCUCGCGACUGCCUCUCAAGGGCGAGGCGGCCAUCCAUAAGUUCAAGCUGCUUGCAGGACCCCGAUGGUCACCUGAGGCACCCAAGGAUUCUGGUGUUGGUCAUGCGGAAGAUAGUGCGGAACACGGCUACAUCAAAAUCUCCUGCGAGGACUUCCCCGAGCCCGCAAUGAACCUGAAGUGGGCGAGCGAUGCUCUAGAUAGACUGAUUGCGGAGGCCAACAGUACAAAGGACACGUUCUCCGACGUCCCUCUCGACAUGCGGCAUCUUGAGGCUAGGGCUAGGAAAGCUAAGAAGGGUGGCCAUAUGAGGCGGGGAGGAAACCGCCCCUCUAUCAAAGACUUCCCACAAGAAUGGCUUCCAACGCGUCCUGUUGACUCAUCCGCUGUGAACACGAUAUAGUUGC